AUGUUUACUCAAAGUACAACAGUGUGGUCUGUUAUGUCCUUGUUAAAUUUGAAAAAUACAUUUGUUCUACUAUUGUUGUUGUUGGCCAGUUGGUCCUCUAAACUCUUGGGAAUAGCCUCCUCUAGCAUUUGUCCAGCACUUCCCCUUGAAUAUAUAUUAGAAAAAAAGAAUUAA